AUGGGCAAAAAGAAGAGACGCGAUGAUGGUGGCAUCGGCGGCGAGGAUCCGCAGCGGCGCAUCUUUUGCUAUAUUAGAUCAUUGCUAUCAUCUUUUUGCUUUUCAUAUUUUCAAUGUUGGAGUGGUCAUUAUAGACAAAAUUAUGGUAUUCCGGCGUACGACUGA